AUGGGAGACCUCAGCUUCAAGUGUCCGAAGGCACAACCAAUGCUUGUUUGCACUAGUGGGUGGGAGCUAGUGUGGCUUAAGCAAGGUCGAAGAAGUGCAAAUGCCCAGAAAAUGCUACUGAAAUCUCUGCUUCUCCUCCUCCUUUUCCAAUUGUGCACUUCCAGGGACUACAUAACAUGGGACUGGAACGAACAUCAACUAAAGGAUGGGGACCUUUUAGUGUCCAAAGGCAACAACUUUGAAUUGGGUUUCUUCAGCCCCAGAAACUCUAGCCACCGCUAUGUGGGAAUUUGGUAUUCAAAGUCUAAGAUAUCUGAACAAACAGUGGUGUGGGUGGCAAACAGAAACGACCCCAUCAAUGAUACCUCUGGUGUUCUCACAAUGAACAGGUAUGGAAAUCUAGUCAUUUAUGCUCACAAUAUGGCGAACAUUCCUAUAUGGUCUACAAAUAUGUCUGAGUCAGCAGUCAUAAACACAUAUCCCGUAUCUGCACAACUUUUAGAUACAGGAAACUUAGUUCUGACCCAGGAUGGUGAAAGUGAAAGAUAUAUUAAAUGGCAGAGUUUUGAUUACCCUACAGAUACUCUGAUCCCUGGUAUGAAACUUGGGGUGAAUUGGAAAACUGGUUUAGAGUGGUUUUUAUCAUCUUGGAAGUCACAAGAUGACCCUGGAACUGGGGACUAUAGCUAUAGGCUUCAGUGGAAUCAGACUGCUGUGCCACAAUUUUUUCUGUUUAAGGGUUUAACUAGGCUUUGGAGAAGUGAUCCUGGGCCGUGGCGCAGUUUUGUUACUAAUAAUGAUGAGAUGUAUUUCCUUCAAUAUAGUGAUAACACCUCUGAAAACCUUAGAAUGGUGGUGAAUGAUUCCGGGUUAUUGCAGCAUUUGACAUGGAAUGAUGAUGACCGUCAAUGGAAGGAACUAUGGGCUGCACCGAGAUACCGGUGUGACUUGUAUGGACAGUGUGGUGCCUAUAGUAAAUGUAACCCUGACAAUAUUAAUGUGUUUGAGUGUGAGUGUUUACCAGGGUAUGAGCCUAAAUAUUCAAAUAACUGGAAUCAGAAUGAUGGGUCAGAUGGGUGUGUGAGUAAGCGAGUUGGAGUGUCCAAAUGUGGAAUUGGAGAUGGGUUUGUGCUGGUUGCAAGGGUGAAGGCUCCAGACACAUCAAAUGUAGUAGCGCGACUGAAUACUAGUACAAGUGCCAAAGAGUGCAAGCAGGAGUGUUUGAGAAAUUGUUCUUGCACAGCAUAUAUGAGCAUUGAUAAUAAAGAGCACAUUGAUUGCUUGACAUGGUAUGGUGAGAUGCUAGAUACAGUUGGGCACACAGAUGCAGGACAAGAUCUAUUUGUUCGUGUGGAUGAAAUCGGGUUAGCCAUGAUUUCCAGAAAAUCAAAAGGUUUUCUGAAAAGGAGGGGCAUGCUUGCUAUUCUGAUAGUGUCUGGUCUGCUGGUGCUGGUACUAAUCGCUGUGUUUGGCUGUUGGUGGCUUAGGAAAAUGAGGAAGACAAAAGACUUUGCAGUGGCGGAUGAACUAGGAAAAGCUAGGAAACACCCUGAUCUGCAAUUUUUCUCUUUCAGCACAAUAAUUGUAGCCACGUCUAACUUCCAUUUUGAAAAUAAGCUUGGGGAAGGAGGUUUUGGCUCGGUUUAUAAGGGUAAGUUACCAAGUGGCCAGGAGAUUGCUGUAAAAAGAUUGUCCAGAACUUCAGGGCAAGGGAUUGAAGAAUUCAAAAAUGAAGUUGUGCUUAUAGAAAGACUCCAACACAGGAACCUUGUGAAACUCUUAGGCUGUUGUAUAAAGGGAGAAGAAAGGAUGUUAGUGCUAGAAUACAUGCCUAACAAAAGCUUGGACUCCUUUCUUUUUGAUCACACAAAAAGCUCCUUGGAUUGGGAAAAGCGCUUUGAAAUCAUCAAUGGCAUUGCUCGCGGUAUUCUUUAUCUUCACCAGGACUCAAGAGUUAGGAUUAUACAUAGGGAUCUGAAAACCAGCAAUGUUCUUCUAGAUGCUGAGAUGAAUCCAAAAAUUUCAGACUUUGGGAUGGCAAGAAUUUUUUAUGGGGACCAAUUGCAGGAAAAGACAGCCAGAAUUGCUGGAACAUAUGGAUAUAUGGCACCAGAAUAUGCAGUUUUUGGAAGAUAUUCAGCAAAAUCGGAUGUCUUUAGCUUUGGGAUCAUAAUAUUGGAGAUCGUAAGUGGAAAAAAGAACUCUGGUUCUUAUCAGGAGGAGCAUUCCAUGAGCUUGAUAGGAAAUGUUUGGCAGAUGUGGGGUGAAGACAGAGCCUUGGAAAUACUGGAUUCAUCACUACAGUUAUAUAAACCAGAUGAAGCCUUGAGAUGCAUUCAAGUUGGGCUCUUAUGUGUGCAAGAAGAUCCAAAGGACCGACCUACCAUGUCAGCUGCUGUUUUCAUGUUGAGUGGUGAAGCAUCUCUUUCAACUCCUAAGCAGCCUGCAUUUGUUUUUAGGAAAAGUGCAGGUAGUAAUGCUUCAUCCCUUACGGAUGAAUUAUGUUCAAUUAACGACUUAACAGUGACCAUUGUGGAAGCUCGAGAUUAA